GGGAAGAACAGAAGGGAUAAUCUGAUUGCUCCUCUCAUCUUAGCUUUGGUGAAGUAGUGAAUACGGUACAAGCGUAUGGAUCCAACAAGUUAGUGAGGGUCAGAUACGAUGAUAUUGAGUGAGGGUUGUGCAUGGCAAAGUGGAAGAUACGCUGCUGAAAGCCAUCCAUCGACCACCUGGUCGAUCCCAAUGUUGUCGUUCUGACGUCAGUUAAGACCUGUUUCGAACAACCUUGUUGGCUUCAAAGUGAUGCAAGUCUGAAAAAGGUUUGCUUGGCUGCAUUCACGCUCAUGACUAACUGCAUGACGUGUUGAUGACGACAGCAGGAUGUGUUCGCGCCGCCGAUUGGAUCGGGUCCCACGAUUGCAUGAUGUUGAAGUGCGUCCUACAGCUGGAAGCCAACAACCUCAGCUUCCAGCAAAGAACAUGUAAUGCAACAGGGCAACGAUGGAUGGAUCUCAUCAGGUGUACAAUAGUAGCAGCAAACUGCUUCAGGAACAAGAUAACUUGUGGAUUGGGUUGUUUCCAAACCACCGCAUCAUCUUGCCAUCAUCAUCAUCAUCCUCAGCCCAGGUGUGAUCGAGUUAGAUUGAAAAGCUACAGGCUUCAUUUCCUCAGUCAACCCCCAAAGACCAAUAGAAUAGUACUUUCUUUUAGAUUCUUCCAGCAAGCAAGAUGAGAUUCUCUAGCACAGCCUUGUUGGUGGCCUGCAUGGCAAGCUCUGCCAGCGCCUUUGCUCCCCGGCAAGCACCAAGAACAACGACAGCCGUGUACCAAUCGACGGCUGCUGCUUCGGAUACGGAAGAAGAACGCAAAAUGCGCAAAAAGGACGACCGAUUGCGCAUGAUGAAAUCCGACCAAUUCCAUCGCCGAGGAUUCAAGGAAGUCCGAGAACAGGUCGAAGAUACCAUGUCGGAACAAUUCAAGAGUGAGCUGGUAGAACAGUUCAAAGAGAAUAACUAUGUCAUUGAUAAGGAUGGAGUCAAGGUGUACCUCGCCAAGGACUUUGGAUUCUGCUGGGGCGUCGAACGUUCCAUUGCUUUAGCCUACGAAGCCGUCGAACACUUUCCCGACAAGACUGUUCACAUUACCAACGAACUCAUUCACAACCCCGAAGUCAAUGACAAUUUGUCCGACAUGAACGUUCAGUUUAUUGAAAAGAUUGAUGGCGAUGCCGCACGCAAAGAUUUUGAGAAGGUAAAAGACGGCGAUGUCGUCAUUCUGCCCGCCUUUGGAGCCAGUUACGAAGAAAUGGACAUGCUCGAUAAGAAAAAUGUCGAAAUUGUCGACACCACCUGUCCGUGGGUCAGUAAGGUAUGGAAUACCGUCGACAUGCACCAAAAGAAGGGACUCACCAGUAUCAUUCACGGCAAGUACGCACACGAAGAAACUGUUGCGACCGUGUCCUUUUGCGAAGAUUACAUUUGUGUCAAGGACAUGAAGGAAGCCGAAAUGGUCGUCGAUUACAUCGUCAAUGGAGGAGACAAGGAGGCGUUCAUGAAAUACUUCAAAAAUGCCAUUUCCGAGGGAUUCGAUCCCGAUACCAUGUUGACCAAGGUCGGACUCGCCAAUCAAACCACCAUGUACAAGAAAGAAACCAGAGCCAUUGGACAGCUAUUCCAAAAGGCAAUGAUGAAGAAAUACGGACCCGUCGAUGCCAAGAGUCAUUACAUGGAGUUUGAUACUAUUUGUGAUGCCACGCAGGAACGUCAAGAUGCCGUCCACGAUUUGGUGGAGAAUGCCGAAACCCUUGGCCUAGACUUUAUCUUGGUCGUGGGUGGAUGGGAUUCCUCCAACACGGCUCACUUGCUCGAAAUCCCCGUCAAGGCCGGUAUCCGAGCAUUCCACAUCAACAAGGCCGAAUGCAUCGGAGCGGACAAUACCAUUACACACCGAAACAUGGAGGGAGAAAUUGUCACGGAUACACUGGUUGAAGACUUGAGCAAGGAUGUCGUCAUGGGGGUCACGUCGGGAGCAUCGACACCAGAUGCCGCUGUGCAAUCGUCCUUGGGCAAUAUCUUUAUGCUCAAGCAAUUGCAAGAGGCAAACUAACUCAAGGAACUACUACUAGCAAAAAGUGGAGUACUUGAUUCAGUACUACACGGCUAGAAUGACGGUGGUCUCUGAUCACUCCUACUACGGUAGCCACGACGCUCCUCCCCAUACUCGAUGACUACGAAUACUACAACUACAACUGAAUGAAUGAAGCACUUAAUAAUAAUUCCUGUCGUUUACAUAGAGAAAGGCUUCAUUAAGCUUUCAUCUACUC